AUGUGGUGGAUUAUUUGCACCCUUCCUGUUGUGCUGGCUCUUCGGGACAUCGAGCCUCCAGCGCCUUCACCCGUGACGCGCAACACGCCUGUUGAGGGUUGGCUGACCGCUCGCUUGAACCAGUUCGAUGCCUCCAACACGGAGACGUUUCAGAUGCGCUACCUUUACAACGACGAGUUCGCCAACUCGUCCAACAUCGUGAUAUUCGUGGGUGGCGAGUGGGCGAUCUCAUCGGGCUGGGUGACAGGUGGGCUCGCUUACGAGCUGGCGGACAUGCUGCAGGCGGGGCUCUUCUACACGGAGCACAGAUACUACGGCCAGACCAGACCGACCAAUGAAACCAGUGUGCCCGACCUUCGCUACCUGAACGUGGACCAGGCGCUGGGCGACUUGGCGCAGUUCAUCCAGCACGUGCAGAGUGACAGCUUCGACAAUGGACGAUACAGGAAGGGCAGAGUGGCGCUGGUGGGCUGCUCGUACGCGGGCAGCAUGGCCACGUGGAUGCGACUCGCACACCCGCACCUGGUCACCGCUGCGCUGUCAGACAGCGGCCCGCUACACGCCCAGGAGGACUUCCCAGAAUACCUAGAAGUGAUAACCGAAGCGCUUCGCGCGCAAGGAAGCGAAGCGUGCGUGUCGAGCAUCGAGGCCGCCAUGCGAAGCGUCACCGACAUGCUGAACACUACGACAGAGGUGGACCGGGUUGGGCGGUUGUUCAACACCUGCGGCGCUCUCCAAGCCUCGUCGCCGCUGGACCUGGCCACGUUUUUCUGGUUCGGCAUCACGGAGACAUUCGCGUCGCUGGUGCAGUACGCGAAGCCGGGUGACAUAGCCACUGCUUGCAGCCGCAUUACCAACAGCAGUAUCAGUUCUGACCCGGUGGAACGCCUGGCCGCCUGGAUCACCUCGCAACCCUCGACUCAGCCGUGCAUCGAGUCCCGGUACAGCACGCAAGUGGCCGCCCACACCAACACCAGCUACGACUCCCCGCAGGCCACCAUGCGCCUCUGGACGUACCAGACUUGCGUGGAGUACGGCUGGUACCAGACCACCACGAGCUCUCGCCAGCCCUUCCUGUCGGCCGUGCCGCUGGAGUACUUCCACCAGAUGUGCGCAGACUUCUUCCCGAACCUCUUCGACACAGAGCUCCUGAGGUCGGGAGUUGCGCGGACCAACAACAUGUUCGCGGGGCUAAGCCAUCUUCCCGACCACGUGAUCUCGGUGUCGGGGGGCCACGACCCCUGGUCUCCAAUGGCACCCAACGCCACCCACGCCACCCCCCUGGCGCCAGUGUACGUGGUGCCGGGGGUGUCGCACUGCAGGGCUAUCAGGCCAACGAACAACAGUGAGACCGAAGAGCUGGAGGCGACGAAGCAUAAGAUCUUGUCGCAGAUGUACGCGCUCAUGACGGACGCCCGCGCUGCCGCACACCACCUCGUGUUAUCACCAGUGCUGCUUGUUUGGUUUGUCUUCUCUUUAGUAGUGUAA